GGGCAGAGAGAGGGCAGUGGCUACAGCGAAGGGUACUGGGCAUGCUCAGUUCGGUGCGCAUGCUCAGUACACCCAAGUAGGGCAUUGGGAGCGAGAGCUGUGUGUGUCGGUUCACCCCGCUCGCAGGGAAGAGUCCAGAGCGUCUGUCUGCAGGGAGAGAGCCUGGGGGCAAUCAGGCUGUGACAUGCACUCAAGCCCCUUCUGAAACCUUCCCAAUCGCCCCGACAGGCUGAGGAAUCACAUCCAGAUUUCACGCAAGAUCGUCCUGUCUUCCAGGGGACAGGGAAGGGAAAUGGCUGUGAUGGAGUCAGCUCAGUUGCCGGUGACUUUCGAGGAGGUGGCUGUGUAUUUCACCCAGGGGCAGGGAGCUCUGCUGGACCCCAGUCAGAGAGCCCUCUACAGGGACGUCAUGCAGGAGAACUAUGAGAUGGUGACCUCGCUGGGAUUUCCCAUUCCCAAACCUGAACUGAUCUCCCACCUGGAACGAGGGGAAGAACUGUGGGUCCCGGAUCUCCAGGUCUGUGAGGAAAGACAGAUCCUGAGAGGCAAUUGCACAGCAGGUGAUGAGACAGUGGAUCAGAAGAAGGAUGGGAAUCAUCAUGAGGAAGUUCCUGGGCAAGUGGAACCACAGAGGACCUUUGUGGGAAGAGCUGAAGGGAGUUUAUCCCAGUGCUUGGAAGAGAUAGAAGCCUGGGGAAAUUGGCACAAGUCAGAGAGGCGACUGAAAAACCACCCAAGGAAGAAAGUGGAUGAAUCUAUUAUAUGUGGGGGAGGAGACAAAGAUCCCACAGCCCAGCAGACCAAUCCUAAGGAAGAGAACCCCUAUCAGUGCCUCGAAUGUGGAAAAGGGUUCAUUUUCAGAUCACAGCUUGUGACACAUCAGACAGUCCAUACUGGAGGGAAACCCCUUCAAUACUUGGCCCAUGGGGAAAGCUUCAAUAACUGCUCAGAUCUUAAUAACCAUGGGAAAAGCCACAUGGGAGCGAAACCCUAUCAAUGCCUCGAGUGUGGAAACUGUUUGAAUUGGAAGUCAGAAUUAAUUACACAUCAGAGAAUCCAGACAGGGGAGAGACCCCAUAAGUGCUUGGAUUGCGGGAAAAGUUUCAUGAAGAGGUCAAACCUUAUUAGACAUCAGGCAAUCCACACAGGAGAGAGACCACAUAAGUGCUUAGACUGUGGGAAAAGUUUCAGGAACAGAUCAGCCCUUUCUAAACAUCAGGCAAUCCACACAGGAGAGAGACCCCACAAGUGCUUCGACUGUGGGAAAAGUUUCAUACACAGGGCAAACCUUAUUAGACAUCAGGCAAUCCACACAGGAGAGAGAUCCCACAAGUGCUUAGUCUGUGGAAAAAAUUUCAUAUGGAGGUCACACCUUGUUAAACAUCAGCCAAUCCACACAGGUGAGAGACCCCACAAGUGCUUGGACUGUGGGAAAAGUUUCAUACAGAGGUCACACCUUAUUAGACAUCAGGAAAUCCACACAGGAGAGAGAUCCCACAAGUGCUUGGACUGUGGAAAAAGUUUCAUACAGAGGUCACACCUUAUUAGACAUCAGGAAAUCCACACAGGAGAGAGAUCCCACAAGUGCUUGGACUGUGGAAAAAGUUUCAUACAGAGGUCACACCUUGUUAAACAUCAGGCAAUCCACACAGGAGAGAGACCACACAAGUGCUUGGACUGUGGGAAAUGUUUCAGGAACAGAUCAUCCCUUUCUAAACAUCAGGCAAUCCACACAGCAGAGAGAACACACAAGUGCUUGGACUAUGGGAAAUGUUUCAGGAACAGAUCAUCCCUUUCUAAACAUCAGGCAAUCCACACAGGAGAGAGACCCCAUAAGUGCUUGGACUGUGGGAAAAGUUUCAUACAGAGGUCAAACCUUAUUGAACAUAAAGGAAUGCACACAGGAGAGAGACCCCACAAGUGCUUGGACUGUGGGAAAAGUUUCAUACGGAGGUCAUACCUUACUAAACAUCAGGCAAUCCACACAGGAGAGAGACCCCAUAAGUGCUUGGAUUGUGGAAAAAGUUUCAUGAAGAGGUCAAACCUUAUUAGACAUCAGGCAAUCCACACAGGAGAGAAACCACAUAAGUGCUUGGACUGUGGGAAAAGUUUCAUACAGAGGUCAGACCUUAUUAGACAUCAGGCAAUCCACACAGGAGAGAGACCACAUAAGUGCUUAGACUGUGGGAAAAGUUUCAGGAACAGAUCAGCCCUUUCUAAACAUCAAGCAAUCCACACAGGAGCUAAACUUCUGUGACACUGGGAGAGAAAGGGUUAAGCAACUUGCAUAUAAUAGACCCAGUGCAACCUUUAGAGACAUGUUAAAAAAGUGUGUCCAUGUUAGAUAAGUUUGAGCUUUGAAAUGUAAACUUAUGUUAAAGACCUGGAAGAAGAUGGUAACUGUAGUAGGCUAUAAAAAGCAACAAAGAGUCCUGUGGCACCUUAUAGACUAACAGACGUAUUGGAGCAUAAGCUUUUGUGGGUGAAUACCCACUUUGUCAGAUGCAUGUGGUGGAAAUUUCUAGAGGCAGGUAUAAAUAUGCAGGCAAGAAUCUGCCUAGAGAUAACGAGGUUAGUUCAAUCAGGGAGGAUGAGGCCAUCUUCCAGCAGUUGAGGUGUGAACACCAAGGGAGGAGAAACUGCUUUUGUAGUUGCCUAGUCAUUCACAAUCUUUGUUUAAUCCUGAGCUCAUUAUGUCAAAUUUGCAAAUGAACUGAAGUUCAGCAGUUUCUCUUUGGAGUCUGGUCCUGAAGUUUUUUUGAUUCAGGAUCCCCUUUAAAUUUGCUAUUGUGUGUCCAGGGAGGUUGAAAUGUUCUCCUACAGGUUUUUGUAUAUUGCCAUUCCUAAUAUCUGACUUGUGUCCAUUUAUUUUUUUACGUAGGGAUUGUCCAGUUUGGCCGAUGUACAUAGCAGGGGGGCAUUGCUGGCACACGACGGUGUAUGUUACAUUGGUGAACGUACAAGUGAAUGAACCGGUGAUGUUGUGGCUGAUGUGAUUAGGUCCUGUGAUGGUAUCGCUGGUAGAAAUAUGUGGGGAGAGUUGGCAUUGAGGUUUGUUGCAUGGAUUGGUUCCUGAGUUAGAGUUACCAUGGUGCGGUGUGUGGUUGCUGGUGAGAAUAUGCUUAAGGUUGGUGGUUUGUUUGUGGGCGAGGACUGGCCUUUCUCCUAAGGCCUGUGAAAGUGAUGGAUCUUUGUCCAGGAUGAGUUGUAGAUGAUUAUGCAUUGGAGAGGUUUUAGCUGAGGACUGUAGGUGAUGGCCAGUGGAGUUCUGUUGGUUUCUUUCUUGGGCUUGUCCUGCAGCAGGAGGCUUCUGGGUACACGUCUGGCUCUGUUGAUUUGUUUCCUUAUUUCCUCGUGCGGGUAUCCUAGUUUUGAGAAUGCUUGGUGAAGAUCUUGUAGGAGUUCGUCUGUGUCUGAGGGGUUUGAGCAAAUGCGGUUAUAGCUCAGCGCUUGGCUGUAGACGAUGGAUCAUGUGGUGUGUCAGGGAUGGAAGCUGGAGGCAUGAAGCUAGCAUAGCGGUCGGUGGGGUGGGGUGGUGUUAACGUGACUGUCACUUAUUUGUACCGUGGUGUCUAGGAAAUGGAUCUCCCUUGUAGAUUGGUCCAGGCUGAGGUUGAUGGUGGGGUGGAAACUGUUGAAAUCAUGCUCCAAUACUUCUGUUAGUCUUUAAGGUGCCACAGAACUCUUUGUCGCUUUCUACAGAUCCAGACUAUCACGUUAAACCCUUUGAUACUUGUACUAGUCUAUGUUUUCCUUUAUCUUGUUAGAGUUUACCAAUGAAACCAAACAGUUCCUGUCUCGGGCUGUAUUCUGUUAAUUCAGAGUUCAAAAGGGAAUAAUAACAUGUAGAUAAAACUUGGGUGUAAUAACGUCAUUGCAUGUCUCUUUAAAGUUUGUGGUAAACUGUCUACCAACUUCUUUAUGGAAAAUUACCUUAUGUUAAUCCAUGUAGUUAAUUACUGGUGAUGUUUAGGAAAUAGAAGGUUACUUCAAAAGCCUAGUGAACAAUAGUUCUCCCAAGGACUGCCUGCUGAUGAGAGGCUGCAAAAAUCUGUAUGAAAACUCUUGGGACCUGAUCCUUUUCUCUCCGAUCUUGUUAAGCUUUAUUCAGAGGAAGUUUGAGUCAUAAGAUGGAGAUCUCCAGUCCCAUCUGGACUGCCCUGAUAUCGAACAUUUUUACAUGGACUAUAACCUAUGAAAGGAUUCUGAAAAAGACUCUUUACAAUUCUAAAGCACCAUCUCUACAGUGAAACUGACCUAAGGACUCUAUUCAUGUCUGAGAGAAGCGACAAAGUGCAAGCUGGUCGCCAUAUUGGAAGAGAAGGUUCGAGGUCUGGAGAAACAAGUAUCGACCGUGUGUUGCAUACGAGAAAAUGAAGAUUUCCUGGACAGACGUCAGGAUAUGCUUCCACAGGCACAACGUUCUGAAGAUUUGGAGCAGGCUGCCCAGAGGGGACAGAGGGAUGGUGAAGAAAUUUGGCAUCAUGUGACCUCCAGAAGAAGAAAGAGGAGUGUCCGUGUACCAGCAAUGGAGAUACAGGUGAACAACCGUUUUCAUGUUCUCUCCACAGGUACUAAUGUGGAGAGUGGACUAGAUGAUACAUCUGAGGGAAGGGAGCAGAAGGCGGCUCCAUCGAUUGGAAGGCAUGAGAUGCACUGUCCUAGGGAUGAGGGUUCCAAAACCACCGCUCCCAAGAGAAGGAAGAGGGUAGUGGUGGUCGGGGACUCCCUCCUCAGGGGGACUGAAUCAUCUAUCUGCCACCCCAACCGAGAAAACCGAGAGGUCUGCUGCUUGCCAGGAGCUAGGAUUCACGAUGUGACGGAGAGACUGCCGAGACUCAUCAAGCCCUCGGAUCGCUACCUCUUCCUGCUUCUCCACGUGGGCAGCAAUCAUACUGCCAAGAAUGACCUUGAGCAGAUAACUGCAGACUACGUGACUCUGGGAAGAAGGAUAAAGGAGUUUGAGGCGCAAGUGGUAUUCUUGUCCAUCCUCCCUGUGCAGGGAAAAGGCCUGGGUAGGGACCGCCAAAUUGUGGAAGUCAACGAAUGGCUACGCAGGAGGUGUCGAAGAGAAGGCUUUGAAUUCUUCGACCAUGGGGUGGUGUUCCAAGAAGGAGGAGCACUAGGCAGAGAUGGGCUCCACCUAAUGAAGAGAGGGAAGAUCAUCUUUGCAAGCAGGCUGGCUAACCUAGUGAGGAGGGCUUUAAACUAGAGUCACCGGGGGAAGGAGACCAAAGCCCUGAGGACAGCUCCCAGACUGCUGCACUGGGCAGCACAGUAUGGGGAGAAGGUGACCAGCCCUCUGUGGAGAAAGAAGUGGAUCGGGACUAUUUAGAAAAACUGAACGAGCACAAGUCCAUGGUGCCACAUGCGCUGCAUCCGAAGGUACUAAAGGAGUUGGUGGAUGUGAUUGCAGAGCCCUUGGCCAUUAUGUUUGAAAACUCAUGGCGAUUGGGGAGGUCCCGGAUGACUGGAAAAAGGCUAAUGUAGUGCCCAUCUUUUAAAAAGGGAAGGAGGAGGAUCUGGGGAACUACAGACCAGUCAGUCUGACCUCAGUCCCUGGAAAAAUCAUGGAAUAGGUCCACAAGGAAUCAAUUCUGAAGCACUUAGAGGAGAGGAGAGUGAUCAGGAAAAGUCAGCAUUGAUUCACCAAGGGCAAGUCAUGCCUGAUUAACCUAAUUGCCUUCUAUGAGGAGAUAACUGGGUCUGUGGAUGAGGGGAAAGCAGUGAAUGUGUUAUUUCUUGACUUUAGCAAAGCUUUUGAUACGGUUUCCCACAGUAUUCUUGCCAGCAAGUUAAAGAGGUAUGGGCUGGAUGAAUGGACUAUACGGUGGAUAGAAGGCUGGCUAGAUCAUCGGACUCAACGGGUAUUGAUCAACGGAUCCAUGUGUAGUUGGCAGCCCGUUUCAAGCGGAGUGCCCCAAGGGUCGGUCCUGGGGCCGGUUUUGUUCAAUAUCUUAAUUAAUUGUCUGGAGGAUGGGGUGGACUGCACUCUCAGCAAGUUUGCAAAUGACAGCAAACUGGGAGGAGUGGUAGAUACGCUGGAGGGUAGGGAUAGGAUACAGAGGGACCUAGACAAAUUAAAGGAUUGGGCCACAGGAAGCCAGAUGAGGUUCAACAAGGAGAAGUGCAGAGUCCUGCACUUAGGACGGAAGAAUCCCAUUCAGUCUUACAGAUUAGGGACCGAAUGGCUAGGCAGCAGUUCUGUAGAAAAGGACCUAGGGGUUACAGUGGAUGAGAAGCUGGAUAUGAGUCAACAGUGUGCCCUUGUUGCCAAGAAGGCUAACGGCAUUUUGGGCUGUAUAAGUAGGGGCAUUGCCAGCAGAUCGAGGGAUGUGAUCAUUCCCCUCUAUUCGACAUUGGUGAGACCUCAUCUGGAGUACUGUGUCCAGUUUUGGGCCCCACACUACGAGAAGGAUGUGGAAAAAUUGGGAAAGAGUCCAGCGGAGGGCAACAAAAAUGAUUAGGGUCUGGAGCACAUGACUUAUGAGGGGAGGCUGAGGGAACUGGGAUUGUUUAGUCUGCAGAAGAGAAGUAUGAGAGGGGACUUGAUAGCUGCUUUCAACUACCUGAAAGAGGACUCCAAAGAGGAUGGAUCCAGACUGUUCUCAGUGGUACCUGAUGACAGAACCAGGAGUAAUGGUCUCAAGCUGCAGUGGGGGAAGUUUAGGUUGGAUAUUAGGAAAAACUUUUUCACUAGGAGGAUGGGGAAGCACUGGAAUGGGUUACCUAGGGAGGUGGUGGAAUCUCCUUCCUUAGAGGGUUUUAAGAUCAGGCUUGACAAAGCCCUGGGUGGGAUGAUUUAGUUGGGAUUUGGUCCUCCUUUGAGCAGGGUGUUGGGCUAGAUGACCUCUUGAGAUGCCUUCCAACCCUGAUAUUGAUUCUAUGAUCCUUUAGGAUUGGUAGAACUUUUUAUAAAAUGAACAAGAUUUUCAGUAAUCCCAAUCAUGUUUAACUGGGCUGUCUGGGAGGGAGCGCCAGGUUAGGUUGCUUCAAGGGAGCUGUGCUUUGGCCUGUGUUAGCCCAGGAAGGUAUUGUAAAAGCUGUCUUGUUGCUGGCUUGGUGAAUCCAAGUACUGGAAUAUUCACCAAUUUUGAGGAUUGACUGCCCCAUUCUGUGCAGUUUGCCUUAACUGAGCAAUCUCAGUAUGCCCCCACCCCCCAAGAUCAUGGUUAUAACUUCAUAUAUGCCUUGCUUGUGAGAAAAGUUUCAUUCAGCGAUCACACCUCAUUAAACAUCAGAGAACCCACCCAGGUGUGAGAGACCCUAGCAGUAGCUUGACUGCAGGAAAAGAUUCAGUCUGAACUCACACAUCCGUGAACUGCAAAACAGAGAGACCGUGAAUGCGGGGGAAGCUACAUUUGGUGUUCCCAGAGUAUCAGGCAUCUGCUAAUCAACGCAGGGAAGUGACGGCUGAGAUGUUCUCAGUAUGGAAAAUGCUCCAAGUGGAGCAAAUGCCCUGUUGGACAUUACAGACUCCUCCUCACAGCAGGGAAAUUCUCUCAGGGCCCUGGCUAGGGCUGGCCCUGGUGACAAACCCAUUUCCUUUUUCCCAAACACAUCAGGGGCAUUUGGCUCCGAAGGAUCCAGCUGCCCAUGGCUGAGGUGAGGAUACAGGAGCAGCCGAACAUCAGCUGGUCAGUGACCCACUGGCUCUGCCUGGUCUAAGCAAACCCCAGGCAGAGUGGCAAAGUCCCCAUGAGCCCCUCCUCCCUGCUGCAGCCUUGGCUGCUGAGCUGAUGGGCUAUAGGUGGAGGAAGGGGGAGAGAGAAACUCCUCCAGAUGCUCCCUCUGCCGGGCUGAAGUUCCCCCCUCUCCCUUCCCCUCCCAGCCGGGAUCCCCCUGCUAUGGUGAUGAGGAGAAAAACACUUGGGCCAGGCCCCACCUUCAGUCUAGACCCCUUUCCCCAUCUUCCACCAGCCCCUGGGCGGGGCUCCCCCACUGACCUGGAACUGUCCCCUGCAGAGGGAGUGUCCCUAGGACUGGUAACUCCUCCGCUCCCCGAAUCCACCAGGACAUUGGUCUCUGGGGGAUCAAAUGUUAAGGGGGCAGGGUGAUGGGUUCUGGGGAGGACACUGAGGAUUGUAUGGCUGGGGCUGGUGGAGCUGGGAAGCAGGGGGAGCUGGGUGCUGGGCUAUCGAGUGUUUGGGGAUCAUGGGAUAAGAGGCGAGCGAGAGCCAAGGAGUACCGAGGUGCUGCUUCUCAUCACUCACCCCCUCUGCCCCUUCCCCCUGCCUCCUCUACAUUCAGACAGCACCAUUAUCAGAGCCUGGUUUCCACAUGGUCUUUUCUUCUAAGCCUGGAUUUCCCACCUCUGCUACAGCAGCAUCAGCCUCUGAGAAGGAAGCAGCAUUGCCUAGUUGAUAGAGCUCUGGCCUGGGACUCAGGAGUCUACUGGGAAUAAAUGAGGAGUGAUCAUAUCAGCCUCCUAGUUUCUGUCUAGGGCAGGAAAAUUGGUUGAGAUUAUCUAACGUGUCUCCUUUGUUCCUCCACCCCUUUUUCUAGUCCAAACUGACCCUUAGCAGUUUAUUCCCAUCUCCCAUUAGCAAAGUGAUUGUUAGAGUCACUAAGUGCCCCCUAUGGAGUGAGAUUGUCUCAUUCCCAGACAUCCUCACAUUGCUCCAGAUUAUGCUGAAAAGCAUUGAAUUAUUUUGUGUUGUUUCUCCCUUAUACACCAGCAUUCAAUAGAUUCUAAAAGAGCUGGAGCAGGGAUAGUAAAAUAAUGUGGUGUUUUACCUUCUGUAUUAUUGCAGAGGGUUGGAUUGAGUCCGGGGGAUUCCCUCCUCCCCCCAUCAACCUCACACGUCUUUUCUUGAACAGCCUCUGCCCAAGCCAUGGAGAGUUUAUCGUUUUCCCAUUCUACCCCUCCACCUUCAUGUGUGUCAUUUACCACAGUGUCCUUUUCCACCAUGCUUAGGAAUCAGGGUUUGAUUUCUUUGAUCCUCAGUCAAGCCCCUGCGCACUUGAGACAAAAAUGUCACGUUCCUGAAGGGGGAAUUCAAAUGAACCCCAAAGCACAGUUUGAGCUUCAAUCCCUAUUGCUGAAGUGGCAUCUGGGGUUUUUCCAGCCAAAUCCAGAUAAUUUGUAGAUAGGAAGUUUUUGGUGAGGUUUGUCUUUUUUUCCUCUUUUUUUUCCCAUUACGAUAAUGCUAAAACUUUUAUCAUUAACUGUCAUAACAAUAAAGGGAAGGGUAACAGCUGUCCUGUGUACAGUACUAUAAAAUCCCUCCUGGACAGAGACUCCAAAAUCCUUCUCCCUGUAAAGGGUUAAGAAGCUCAGGUAACCUGGCUGGCACCUGACCAAAGGACCAAUAAGGGGACAAGAUACUUUCAAAUCUUGGGGGGUGAGAAGGCUUUUGUUUGUGCUCUUUGUUUUGGGAGGGCAUUCACUCUCGGGACUGAGAGGGACCAGACAUCAAUCCAGGUUCUCCACAUCUUUCAAAACAAGUCUCUCCUAUUUCAAACUUGUAAGUAAAUAGCCAGGCAAGGCGUGUUAGUUUUCCUUUGUUUUCUCAACUUGUAAAUGUACCUUUUACUAGAGUGUUUAUCUUUGUUUGCUGUACUUUGAACCUAAGACUAGAGGGGAGUCUUCUGAGCUCUUUAAGUUUGAUUACCCUGUAAGGUUAAUUUCCAUACUGAUUUUACAGAGAUGAUUUUUAACUUUUUCUUUAAUUAAAAGCCUUCUUUUUAAGAACCUGAUUGAUUUCUCCUUUUUUUAGAUCCAAGGGGGUUGGAUCUGUAUUCACCAGGAGUUGGUGGGAGGAAGGAGGGGGAAUGGUUAAUUUCUCCUUGUUUUAGAUCCCGGGGGGUUGGAACUGUAUUCACCAGGGAAUUGGUGAAGGUUUCUCAAGGCUUCCCACGGAUGGGAAUUCUUGGGAUGGUGGCAGCGGACCAGAGCUAAGCUGGUAGUUAAGCUUAGAAGUUUUCAUGCAGGCCCCUACAUUUGUACCCUAAAGUUCAAAGUGGGGAUACAGCCGUGACAAUAACACAGCCAAAUAAUGCGACAGUGCAGAGUAAAGCCGGUUUAGCCUGUUCAGAAGGAAAUGGGUAAAAUUGUUCUCCAGAUUUUGAGCCUUAAGAUUCUCUUGGAUUUCACUUCAUGAAUGGGAAAGUGGUUUGUAGCCCACCCUGGUUUGCGGGUUUUUUUCUUCUAUCUGGUGAAGGCUGUUCUGCCACGUAUUUUGAUAUUAAAUUAGUUUGACAGGAUGUAACUCAGAAUUAUUGGGGACUUCAAAAGACAAAUGAUCGCUUGCCAGAAUGGUCCUUUCUGAUUUUCUUUUCACAUUUCCCUAGCUUUUGUCAUGAGAUUUUGUCCUUUGAACAAUGAAAAUGAUCAGUGACAUUAUCUGAUUAAAAUAUGACCAUGGUAGAUCAUUGUUGCUACCAUUGUUAUAUAAUCAGUGAAUCUUAUACAAAGUGUGCUGAGUAAGGUGUCAAUGGAGAGGGUGUGAUUUGCUGAAUAUGAUUAUGCUAUUUGUAUGUAUGUACCAUUUUUAUAUUUGAGAUUAUGACUACUGGCUGUAUACCUGUAUUUCAAAAAUGUUUGCUCCUGGGUAACACCCACAAGGUUUUUCACCUGUACAUUUUGGAGGAAUUAUUCAAGUUCAGUGGCCCAUCAAAAGAACACUUAACUCACAAUGGCAGAUGCCCACCUACGCUGCACAGACUUUCCUGUGAACGUUCCAUCUGAAGUAUAGGUAAUGGCCUGUACUGUGAGUGACUGAGUGAAAUCAGGCAUGGACAUGUGACUUGCCCAUGUGACUCCAAACACCUCUUGUUACGGUGGUUUUUCACAGUGAGAACAAUGGGAUUCCCUUCACUUGAGAGAAGCUAUAAAAGGCACUGGAAACAUCUCCCUUUUGCCUUUUUCCUGCUCAAACCUCUGGACUAUGGACUUAUACUAAUGGGAGCAUUCUAACCAAAGGACUGAGGAUUUCCAAUGAUUCGGAAGCCACCAGAGACUUGAUUUAAGCUGGCCGUUUAUUCCAUCACUGCUACAAGCCUAAGCCAAGAACUUUGCAUUUAUUGUAUGUAUUUGAUUCCUUUAAUAAAUUUUAACUCUCA